UCGACUCAGCUGGUCUUUGACGACCGACAGUCAACAAUGGAGGAAGCCAACAUUAGACAGGUUUCCGUGGAAGGAUACGACACAAAAUGCAUUUUUUGCAAGAUUGUCAACAACGAAAUGGGCACGGAACUCCUCCACUGUGAUGAAGAGAUUUCAUGUUUUCGAGACAUCAAACCUGGAGCUCCGCACCAUUACCUGGUGGUUCCUACUAAACAUGUUGGCAACUGCAAAUCACUCAGCAAACACCAUGUGCCUCUAGUAAGACGCAUGGUGGAGUUGGGAAAGGAGACCCUGCAGAAGAACAAUGUGACAGAUCUCAGUGACGUCAGGUUUGGUUUCCAUUGGCCCCCAUUCUGUUCUGUCACACAUCUACAUCUUCAUGUUCUGGCACCUGUAAGCCAGAUGGGCUUCAUAUCUCGCCAAAUCUACAGACUAAAUUCCUAUUGGUUUAUUACAGCUGACCAACUGAUAGAGCUUCUCAAUUCCAAACAGGAAACCAACUGAUUACGUAUGCUGCAUCCAAUUUUGCAUCGACAGUUUGAGGUGACUCAGAGAUCUGUGGUUCCAUUCCAAAUAUCACAUUUGAUGCUGCAGAUGAUUUUAAUGGUAACAAAUAAUCAUAAAUUACUUAUGUAAAUAUUUCCAUAUCUACCAACAAGCAUGAUUACAUUUGAAGUUGGAAUUAACUUUAAAACAGGUAUGAAAAUGUUGAUAUUCGAUGAAAGUACUGUUGUACUGAAGGAAAGAUGCUUGAAUCAAUGACACUUUAUCAUGACUUGCAGGAACAUACAAGGACUACCUCAGCUAUGUCGCAUCAUUACUGCUGAGGUAUUUAGUAACGUUGGAAACAAGAGUUGCAGCGUCAAGUAGCAUCUGCAUGAACUAUUAAUAAGUCUGCUUUUAAGUGAUAACACGAAAGUAAUCCUGACACUGAAAAUUAAGUAUGCCAAAGGAUCCGUGCAAGUAUUCGUUUAGCUUGGUAAUAUAUCUGGAUGUGACAUUUGAUUAUACUGACAAAGUGAUUGGUUGUGUUGUGUUGUGUUAAUGGAAUGUAAAGACAGGGAUAAUACAGUCAUCUCUCGCCACAUCGCGCGUCAAACAUUUUAACUUCACCACAUCGCUAAUUUUUAUUUUGUAUUUUAAAGCACUUACUUUUGUCCUAAAUUAAGCAUUUUCAAGCAUACAAUGUAUUGUCCUCAAUAGGAGACCAAACCAAGCUGUUCAGUUAUGUGGCCACUAAUUGGCUCACCCCCAGGCAGCAAUACACAAUUGGAUUAAAAUAGUGUAAAGGUGGUCUAGAGGGCUCUCAUAAUGUUGAAAACAAUAUUUAAAAGAUAUUUAGAACUGUUUUUAUGUUUUAUUAAUGGACAUCUUUGAUUCAUAUGAAUUGAUUCCUACUUUGCGGAAAUUCGUUGUAAUGGCAGUCAUGUCCGGAAACAUUUAUCACCGAUAAACAAGAGACGACUGUACUCUCUAAUCCAGUGGUUCUCAACAUUUUUUCAGUGAUGUACCACUUGUGUACAUGUAUUUAAUUCAAGUACCCCCUAAUCAGAGCAAAGCAUUUUUGGUUGAAAAAAAGAGAUAAAGAAGUAAAAUACAGCACUAUGUCAUCAGUUUCUGAUUUAUUAAAUUGUAUAACAGUGCAAAAUAUUGCUCAUUUGUAGUGGUCUUUCUUGAACUAUUUGGGAAAAAAGAUAUAAAAAUAAAUAAAAACUUGUUGAAAAAUAAACAAGUGAUUCAAUUAUAAAUAAAGAUUUCUACACAUAGAAGUAAUCAUCAACUUAAAGGGCCCUCUUUGGGGAUUGUAAUAGAGAUCCAUCUGGAUUCAUGAACUUAAUUCUAAACAUUUCUUCACAAAAAAAGAAAUCUUUAACAUCAAUAUUUAUGGAACAUGUCCACAAAUAAUCCAGCUGUCAACACUGAAUAUUGCAUUUCUUUUCACAGUUUAUGAAUUUACAUUCAUAUUUUAUUGAAGUACUAUUCAAAAAAUAUAUUUAUAAAAUAUUUUUUAAUUGUUGCUAUUUUUACAAUAUUUUUUUUAAAUCUCACGUACCCCUUGGCAUACCUUCAAGUACCCCCAGGGAUACGCGUACCCCCAUUUGAGAACCACUGCUCUAUGUGUCAAUGUAUGCACUUUAAGAAACAUUAAUAUAAGGUUUCUUUUUUGUAAUUAAAUAUUAAACACACUCUUUCUA